AUGAAGUGGUUCCUAUCCGUGGCUAUUCUUAUCCUCAGCGGAAUCAAUGUUUAUGCGGUGACAUCGGCGCAGCCCGCCCCCUCACUUCCAAAAGAGAAAGGGAGAAUUAGGCAGUUCGACGUCGGACGUCUUGUUGACGAUACUACCCCGCCAACGAAUAAAUCAAACAGCUGUGGCAAGAAGGUAGAUACUGCAAACGGUAGUCCGUCGCCUUCGGAUCCAAAAGGAAAACGUGAGUUCGUGCCUUCCAAAGUCCGUCCGGCUUUCGACGAUACAAAGCCGCCAGCGGAAAAGAUAACCAACACUGGAGAUAAAGCUAACAUGAAUCCAACUCCGUUGCCGCCUAAAGAGAAAGAGGAAAUUAAUUAUUCCAUAGUCCUACCCCUUGUUGACGAUACUCACCCACCUGCGGGGAAGUUAACCACUGGUGGUGCCAAAGGUGCUGCCUCGAAUGGUGAUCCCUCUCAGCCUGAUCCAAAAAGCAAAGGGGAGAUUAUGAGGGAUGCGGUCCGAAGACUUGUCGACGACACGAAACCGCCUGCGGAGAAGUUAGCCAAUAAUGUUGGCGUAAAUAAGGGAAAUGCUUCUCCGUCGCCGCCUAAGGAGAAAGGGGAAAUUAAGUAUAUCGCCGUCCUACCCCUUGUUGACGAUACUCAUCCGCCGGCGGAAAAGAUAACUACCGAUAGUGACGGAGUUAAAGGUGAUCCAAUGCCGUUGCCGCCUAAAGAGAAAGGGAGAAUUCAUCCUUCCGAAGUCCCACACCUUGUCGACGACACUCAUCCCCCAACGGAAAAGAUAACCAACACUGGAGACGAAUCAAAGAGUAAUCCAACUCCGCUACCGCCCAAAGAGAAAGGGAGAAUUAUGCCUUCCGGUGUCCAUCCUGCUUUCGACGACACAAAGCCGCCAACUACGGUGACAAGCGGCCGCGACGGAAAUAAUGUUGCGGCAACCAAGAAAGCAUCUAAAGGGUCUCCGGGAAAGAUGUUUAAUUUCCAACCCACUCCCAUCGUAAACAUUGAUGUUGAACCGAAUCCACACGCAUCGCCGCAGGAGAUGCUGAAGGUUCGCAUUCGUGUCCGGCGUGCCGGUGACGACUCAAAAACGUCAACUGGUGAGCCCAGCAGUGCUGGAGAGAAGGUUGCAGCAGCGUCUAAUGGUGUUCCGCCGCCGUCGGAUCCAAAAGGAAAACGUGAGUUUGUGCCUUCCGAAGUCUUUCCCGCGUUUGACGACACGAAACCGCCAACAGAAAAGAUAACCAACACUGGAGACGAAGUUAAAGGUAAUCCAACACCGUCGCCGCCUAAAGAGAAAGGGAGAAUUCAUCCUUCCGAAGUCUUUCCCGCGUUUGACGACACGAAAUCGCCAACAGAAAAGAUAACCAACACUGGAGACGAAGUUAAAGGUAAUCCAACACCGUCGCCGCCUAAAGAGAAAGGGAGAAUUGCGUAUUCCAUAGUCGAACGUCUUGUUGACGAUGAUACUCCUCCAACGAAUUAA